AUGAUUCAGCCUUUGUUUGAUUCUGAGGAUAAAAAGCUAUUUUUAAAGGAGGUAGCACUGCUAAAUGAACUGCAUCAUGAUAACAUAGUCCAACUGAAAGCUGUAUCACAACAGCCCCCAGCAAUUAUGCUUGAAUACGUUGUCUUUGAUUUUCAACCAUUUGGGGAUGAUGUGCAAGUCAACUCAUUGUCGAGUCUUCUACUGAAACUUGAUGAAUCCAGCUGCGAAAAUUUUCACGAAUUAGUACGACAUGCUGGGAAGGAAAUUGUACAAGGAUUGUCUUAUCUACAUUCAAAAGGAAUUGCUCAUAGAGAUCUAAAACCAGAAAACAUACUGGUUAGCAGCAAUAACAAAAAAAAAUUCAAAUAA